UAUUGCCGAAAGCGAAACAGAAACCGAAAGAACUUCAGCGUAAAAUGUUACAGUACGAUUAGGCGGCGGGUGCGAUAGAGAUAUUCCUCGGCCGAGGAGCAACAGUGAACAAUCGGAUGCAGAAGGGCAGCAAAUAAUGCCCGGAGAGGAUUUAUCUUCAUCUAUGGAUUUUUUUUGGUCGUGAAAACUUAGUGAUAAAGCAAGUGAAAGUAUUCCAAAGCCAAACCUACACCGCCAUGAGCUCCACUGAAGGGGGAAGAGGCGCAGGAGCAGGAGCGGGAAGCGCCUCGGGUGGAGGCCACAUCUUUCGCUCUCUGUCAUCGGAGAGCCAGAAACGGGAAUGGUCCAAGCGCCUUUCACUCAGGGGAAUGCGUCAUGGAGGAGGGGUAGCGGGAGGAGCAGGAGGAACAGGAGCAGGAACAGGAGCAGGAGGACCCGCUACAAGCCUGUCCACCGGAAAGGAGGAAAGCAAACACAGAAAGUUCUUUAGCCGCUCGGCCUCUCUGAAGCAGGCGGGGAGCGGCGUCAGCCAGCAGGCCUCCAUGGAGUUGCAUGUGCCCGGGCAGGGUGGGGCAUCGUCUCCGCAGACCCAGACCCAGCCCUCGACGCCCAAGAAGUCCAAUUGGGAGGUGAUCGAACAUUUCAAUACGAGUGCCAAGGGGGGCAAGGCCAUGGUUAGCAGCAGUUUGAUUGCGGCGGGCAUCACGCGGUGCAACAUCGACGAGUCCAUUGAUUCCACAAACUCGAGCUCCACCUGCCAUAGUCCCAUGAUCUAUCAACGUGAUGAGACGCAGCUGCUGCAACAAGGUGAUGCCAGCAAUGUGGAGGCCAACAAUCCCAGUCAGGGUGGUGCCGGUGCUGGUGGCGGCACAGGUGGUCCUCUCAGUCCCAGCAUUUCCUUCUGGUUCCGGCUGAACCGCAUCAUUCUGCGCCUCUGCUCGACGCAUCAGUUUAAGAAUCUUCAGGUGGAAAUGCUGUAUCAGCGUUACUUUUUGAGAAUGAACCAAAGUAACACGACUCACAUUUUGGCCCUGCUGCUGGUCCUCAUCCUGACGCUGUCCGGAACGCACAUAGUUUUUACCACACUGCAGCUUUGCAAAGGCGGAGGGAGUGCAAUAAAAUUGGAAAGUCUCAGCCUGGACGCAAAUACCAGUGCCAGUGGCAGUGGCAGUGCCACUGAUGGAGGCGGCAACUUAACGACAACCGCAAUGAAGCCACCAACGGCAAUCGGCCAACAAAUUGCCAAUGGCAGGCGCUUUCCUGCGGCGGCUCUCAAUUUGAAUUUUAAUCUGAAUUCAAGCGGCAGCAUGAGUACGGAACGUGAUGUAAACCAGGAACAGGAAAGGGAACGGGCGUCAGGCGGUGUGGCAGGAAGAGCAGGCCCUGAUUCUGACCGCGACCUUGUUGAUUUUGAUGUGGAUGCCGACGAUGAUGGACGCCGGACGCCGCUGUGGAGCCAGCAGCAGGUUAGGCAGAAGCGCAAACAUUACCGACGCCCCCAAAAGCAUCGCUACAAGCAGCAUCAACAGCAUCGCACCAGAUACAGAAUACGAAGCAGGAGGAGUCUGCAGGACAAGGAGGAGCCUCUGGAGGAGCAGGUGCUUCGACUGUCCGGAAAAAACGCGGCUCAACUGAUUAUUGAGCCCGAUCAAGUCCUGUCUGAUGUCCUGUCCGAUGUCCCAUCUGAUGGUGAUGAUGAUGUGGCUGAUGGGGAAGAUGGGGCAGAGGGGGCUGAUGGCAGUAAACGCAUUACGUAUACGCCGCGUGUACGCGACAACAAUGAAAUUUCACAUGCGGAACGUGAUGAAGUGUUAAACACAUCGUCAAAGGCAACAGCAGCAGCAGCAGGACCUUCGGAGGAUAAUUUGGGACACAUCCUCUCCGCACUGGUCAUGAGCAUUGACGAGUCCGUUCUGGUGUUCCUCAUCGUAAUGCUAAUCUGUGGCAUUGUCUAUGGCUUUCUGCUUUGUAUCCUCGCCAAGCCGGCAAUGAACGAGAUAUUUCUGGUGCUGGUUUCCUAUGUGAUAUUGGGCACAUUCCUCGCCAUCGAAGUGGCCGUCAGCUAUGCCAUGCAGCCCAGCAAAUCCUUCAAUGGCAGCGCCUGCAGCAUCGUCCUCAUCUACAUGACCUACACUAUGCUGCCCCUCCGCCUGCGGGAGGCUCUGAUCGGAGGCUUCCUUCUGAGUGUCGUUCAUCUGUACACCUGCCUGAGGUUCACCACGGCAGCAGCAGAGGAGAAGACUCUCAAGUGGGAGGAGCUGCUCGCCACAGUGGUGGCCCUGCUGCUGGCCAACCUCACAGGCGUCUAUACCCACUGGCCCAAGGAGAAGGCCCAACGAAAGGCCUUCAUCGAGACGCGGCAGUGCAUCGAGGCGAGGCUGCGGACACAGCGCGAGAACCAACAGCAGGAACGCCUGCUACUGUCGGUCCUGCCACGACAUGUGGCCAUGGAGAUGAAGGACGAUAUUGCGGGCCAGCCACGUGACACACAGUUCCAUAAGAUAUACAUACAGCGACAUGAGAAUGUCAGCAUCCUCUUUGCGGACAUUUGCGGUUUCACCAGCCUCUCGGAUCAGUGCACCGCCGAGGAAUUAGUGCGUCUGUUGAACGAGCUCUUCGCCCGAUUUGAUCGAUUGGCUGCGGAGCAUCAUUGUCUUCGCAUUAAGCUGCUGGGCGAUUGCUAUUAUUGUGUCUCUGGUUUGCCGGAGCCAAGGCCGGAUCAUGCCCAUUGUGCUGUAGAAAUGGGACUCGAUAUGAUUGACGCCAUUGCGCUGGUCCGCGAGGUGAUGGCCGUCAAUGUGAACAUGCGAGUGGGCAUCCAUACGGGCCGGGUGCACUGCGGCGUCCUCGGCCUGGUCAAGUGGCAGUUCGAUGUGUGGUCCAACGAUGUGACCCUGGCCAAUCACAUGGAGAGCGGCGGCAUACCCGGACGCGUUCACAUCACCAAGGAGACGCUUAAAUGUCUGGAUGGCGAUUACGAGGUGGAGGUCGGCAAGGGAGCCGAACGCAAUUCCUAUCUCAAGGAUCAUCAAAUAGAAACGUAUCUCAUAGUGCCAGGGGAUAUCUACAGACCUCAUAAAAAGUCUCGAAAUCGCUUGCAAGUGAAUGGAAACAUAUCCAAGGAGUUGCGCAUGAUGGGGCACGGCACUGCCCAAAAGCAUUCCUCCAAAUUUGGUUUUGGUGACAGUUCGGAGAGCACCAAGGAUCCAGAGGAUGAGGUGAAUGAGUAUCUGAUGCGUGCCAUUGAUGCCCGAAGCAUUGAUCAUCUGAGAGCCGAGCAUUGCCAGUCACUGCUGCUGUGCUUCAAAAAGAGUGUGCUGGAGAGGAAGUACGCCAGCGAACCGGAUCGCAUGUUGUGUGUGUACUUCUAUUGCAGUCUGUUGGUCCUCCUCGGCACAAGCUUAAUGCGGCUGGUGGUGUUCCAGAGCUCCCUGCUGACUUUGGCCUUGUCCCUGGUGGCGCUGUUGCUGUUGAUAUUCCUGGUAUUUUUGGUGGCAUGUCAUAAAAUCAACUUUCAGCUGCCAUCGGACAUCAAACGCUUCUCAUUGCGCAUUCACAGCAAUCGCAGGAUAUCGCAGUUUUUCGCCUUUGCCAGCGUCGCCCUGAUUGUCCUCACCACCCUCCUGGCCAUGUUGCAGGAAUCCUCGCGACAGCUGGAGCUGCUCGAAAGCCACCGCUUCUGGAUGGAGGUGAAUGUCACCGAAUACAAUCUGGACGAGAUGCUGUUCCCGGAGUCAGUGAAGGCACCCGACUGCGACUUCUAUCUGGCGUACAAUACAUUCCUGCUGCUCACCCUGCUCUCGAUGAUGAGCUGCGCCACCUACCAAGUGCUCCGGAUCCUGCUCAAGCUGAUGCUUCUGCUCCUGGCCUCCGGCAGCUACAUAGCCUGCUCCUCCUAUUUAUAUGCGCGCAGCAAGGAAAUCAGUCAUGAAUUGGCGAAUGAGGAGGCCCUACUGCGCUACAUAAUUGAUUCCAUCUUCCUUUUUGCAUUCAUGCUGGCCCUCAUCUUUCACAGCCACCAGACGGAGGCCACCUAUCGCUUGGAUUUCAUUUGGAAACUGCAGGCAACGGAGGAAAAGGAGGAUAUGGAACAUUUGCAAGCUUAUAACCGUAAACUGCUUGAAAACAUUCUGCCCGUUCACGUGGCAGAGCAUUUUCUGAGCCGCGAAAAGCACCUCGAUGAUUUGUAUCACGAGCAAUGCGAUUCCGUGUGCAUCCUGUUUGCCAGCAUUCCGAAUUUCUCCGAAUUCUACGUGGAGCUGGAGGGCAAUAACGAGGGUGUCGAGUGCUUGCGUCUGCUCAACGAGAUUAUAGCAGAUUUCGAUGAGCUGCUGAGCGAAGAGCGUUUCCGUUGCAUUGAGAAAAUCAAGAGCACGGGCGCCACUUAUAUGGCGGCAUCCGGUCUGACGGUGAACACCUGCGACCAGGUCAACUUCAAUCACGUCACUGCCAUGGCCGACUAUGCUCUGCAGCUGUUUGACAAGAUUGAAGAGGUCAACAUGCACUCCUUCAACAACUUUCGGAUGCGCAUAGGCAUCAAUAUUGGUCCUGUGGUGGCGGGCGUCAUUGGGGCCUGCAAGCCGCAGUACGACAUUUGGGGCAAUGCCGUGAAUGUGGCCUCUCGAAUGGACUCCACGGGCGUCGUGGAUCACAUCCAGGUAACCCAGGAGACGCAGCAGAUCCUAGAAGGACGAGGCUUUGAGCUCACGUGCCGUGGCAGCGUCAAUGUCAAGGGCAAGGGGUCCAUGAUCACCUACUUCCUAAAGGGCAAGAAGCCAAUCGAAAUUCCCUCUGCCAUCAAAGAGGCGUCGCCGGCCAAAGCAGAGGUAGAGCCACCCAAAACUCUGACACUCGUGAAAGAGGGAGAGGGAGGAGCGGGAAUCAGCCCUCCGCAGAAGGAGCAGGAGGAUGAGCUGCCCAAAGAUCAGCUGGAUGAAGAUGAAGACGAUCUGCUGCCCUCACCAGACAUCGAUCUCAACUCGAACAUGCAGAGCCUAACAGCGCAGCGCAGGAAGUCCCUCUGCCGGCAACACAACAUCUCCUCUUCUUUCGGGACGACGGUGAGCAGCUCCACGGGCAUCACGCCCAGCAUCUCGAACAGCUCCAGUGUGACGACCAUCGGAGCCCUGCCCACCCUCCUGCGCAACGCCAAUCCGAAUCUCGCGGACAACUGCUCCGAGUGUGGGGGCACCAGCAAGUCGGCGGCCACUCCCACAGCGCCACCAAGGACCCUGGUGGCGGAGCUGAGGGAUGAGAUAGCGAGGGAUGAGAAGACCGGCCUGAAGGACUCCAUUGAGAACCUGGAGAUCCUGCUGAAGAACAACAUCAGUCUGUCGGACCUGAGCAACAAGCAGCAGCAGAAUCUCAGGGGGGAAAUGCCACCACUGGGAGGCGGCACUGCCUCCGCCACCACCACUCUGAGGAAGAGGGACACCAUCGUGAGCUUCAAUGUGACCGAGACGCUGACCACAACAGCCACAUCCUCCCAAUUCCAAUCCCAGUCCCAGUGCCAGUCCCAAUCCCAGUCCCUGUCGCAGCAGAGGAAGCGCAGAUCGGUGACCACCAUUUCGGCCACUUGCAGCAGCACUACCACCACGCGGCUGCUCUCCAACGAGAGCCAGAGCUCCACCCAGACGGCGCCGGGAACCCUGGAGAGCAGUGUGCCUACUCAAUCCUCGACAGAGGCCUCCCAGGACUGGCAGCCCAAGACGGCCACGCUCGAGCCCAAUCGGAGUCCCAUCAAAACGUCGCAGUCGAUGAGUCCGAUUGGACAGCUCACGACGGAAGUCUUUGUGCUGCCCAACAGCCGCAGCAUGAUACUCAUCAGUAGCACGGGCGGAACAGGAACGGGAGCGGGAGUGGGAGCGGGAACAGGACCAGGAACAGGCGCCAGCAGCCCCCGGGCGGGGUUUCUUCAGGAUGUCAGCACGUAGGGGAUGGAUGGAUGGGAUGCCCGGCCAAUCAUGUAAAUAUGUACAAAAGCGCAGGCCCAAAGCUGACAGCUAGAGAUACUCGUAGAAAUGUGUUUUUUUUUUUGUAGGUUGAUUGGGAUGCCACUUCAGCAUUGGCCCCCCACCCACACCCCUUUUGCCCACUCGAUAUGUAUGAUCUCGCAUUUAAUGUAGCUUUACGUGUUGUCCCUCAGUUAGUGUUUCAUUCAGGCAUGUCAUUCAAUGAAAAAGAGAGCUAAAGAGUUUAGAGCUUAGCCCGCAACGUUUUCAUAUCACAGACAAAAACCAAAGUACGAAAGCAGAGUGAAACUGCACUGCAACGGGGUACCAAAGAGAGUGGCACUAGGUGUUGGGAUCGUUAGUUAUCUUAACCGAUAGGUUGUAAGCAGUAGAAGUGGAAGAGUAGGAGUCGCUAAGUAGGUGUGUAAGGCUCCUAAGUACUACAUGAAUGUACGGCAACCGACGGCCCUCAGAGCGCAGCUAAUAUCGCACCCCAGUCCCAUGGGAAUCGAAUCCAUUGGGUAAGUGUGCAGAACAAAUCGAAUUUAAUGUUUAUUAUAGCGAGUAUGAAACGAAAGAUUAACUAUUGAAUAAGGUGGGAAAUGCAUUGCAAACACGUUUCAGAGUCGCUUCCAACACGAUUCGUGGUCAAACGAUACCGAAAGUAGCAAAGGCAAAAUACGUACAUAAUCUGUUUGAACCUAUGACCUUUAACCGAUAGUAAACCGUACCAUAUCUCUUUUAAAUUCAAAUGCAUUCCCCACGCAGUACAUUUUUCUCGCUUUAAAGUUUAUGGACAGUCCCCCCCCC